GGGUCGCGACACCGGAUUUCCGGUUAUACAUUUGGCGGGACUUCUCCCCUAUCUAUAGAUUAUUUGGCUUCAACAUGAUGGCCUCGAACGGAACGACGAUGAAUGGCGGCGAGUCCGGCCCGGCUAUUAAUGGAAGUACGGAGGAAAAGAAAGACGCCUUCACCUUCAGCCCGCAGCCCACCGUGGAAGACAUCCGCCGCAUGCAAGCGGAGUUCACCGACGAGCGCGACUGGAAGCAGUUCCACCAGCCCCGCAACCUGCUGCUGGCCCUGGUCGGGGAGGUGGGCGAGGUGUCGGAGCUCUUCCAGUGGAGGGGCGAGGUGGCCGAGGGCCUGCCGGACUGGAGCGAGGCCGAGCGGGAGCAGCUGGCCCACGAACUCAGCGACGUGUUCAUCUACCUGGUGGAGCUCGCCGACAAGUGCCGGGUGGAUCUCCCCCGGGCGGUGCUGCGCAAGAUGGCCCUCAACAGGAUCAAGUACCCCGCCAGCAAAGUGCACGGCUCGGCCAAGAAGUACACGGAAUAUGACUGAACUGCUGGUGCUUCUGCAAAGUCAGACUUUGGUGGUCGUCUUAUGUUCAGCUGCUCUGUUUUUUUAAAUGCCUUUUUUACUGCUGUUAAACACACAAAAAGUGACAAUCAGCCACUGAGGGUUGGUUUCAAACAUUUAAAAAAAUAUAUUUAAAAAGGUUUUGAAAUGUUUCUACUUGCUAUGACAUUUGCCUAUAAGAGCAUGAACAUUACUGGAAUGUAACAUAACUACUUUUUGGGGGGAGGUGUCCCCUUACAUUUAAAACUGUCUGCAGAGAUAAACCAAAGUAAAAGUUUCUUUAACUCUG